AGUUCUGUAAUGGCAAGACAGAACAAUGAUGAGGAACUCCGGAAAGUGUCAAAGAAGUUCUUUGCUCCUCCAUUAAUCAAACCCAGCACUGCCUUUUCUGAAGGAGAGCUAGACCUUCCUAGGAAACAAGAAGAUGGCCAAGCAAAUCCUGUUCCUCUGAACCUCUCUGCAGGCGAUGGAGCUGCGGCCAAACCCGUGAAAGCACAUUAUCCAAAGGUCAACACGGAAGAUCAAGAUAAGCAGAAGAGGAGCACUAAAGUAGAAAUGACAGCGAAGCACAAGAAGGAUCGAGACAUUACCAAGAAUGUAAUUGGAAAGGAAGACGAUUGCCUCAGCGACUCAGUAUUUGAAGAGAUUGUUGAGAGUGUACUUAAGAAGUCUUUGGAGGAGUGCAUGGAAGACCUAAAGAAGAUAGCUCCUUCAGCUGAGGAACAAGGUCUGGGAAGAGGAACUGUGGGAGCCUCUCCACCUAUAAAAGAAGCUGUCUCUGAAAAAGCAAGUAGGGAUGAAGAUGUGAUGCUUCUAGAAGCGGAACAGAAGGAAUCUCAGCGUGAGAAGAGGAGACGCAGCAAGCUUUCUGUGAAGGACAACGGUGAUAAAAAUGAGAACCCAGAAGCAGACAAUGGGGGGCGUAAAGAAAACCGGAAAGGAGCGCCCAAGAAAAAAGUUCAGGGCAACACCCAGAUCGUUCACCAAGAGGAAAAGCAAAAGGAGGGGGAAGAGGAGGAGGCAGCCGAUGAAGGAAGUUGUAGUUGGUGUGUGGCCUGGGUCCAGUGCUCCCAUCCAGCCUGUGGGAAGUGGAGGUGCCUCAGCAGUGACAUAGACCCAUCAGCUCUGCCUGAGAAUUGGUCCUGCAGCGAGAACCCAGAUCUUCGGUACAACAGCUGCAGCAUCCCUGAGGAAACAUGGUCAGGGUCUGAAAGUGAAGUGGUCUAUGCAGUUUAUAUCCCCGGGUCAAUUGUGUGGGCCAAACAGUAUGGAUACCCAUGGUGGCCUGGGAUGAUAGAAGCUGAUCCUGACAUUGGAGAAUACUUCCUGUUUUCCUCUCGUACAGAUUCCCUUCCUUCCAAAUACCACGUGACCUUUUUUGGUGACUCUGUAUCCCGGGCUUGGAUCCCUGCUUCUAUGCUGAGGAACUUUGGUGAACCAAAUGCAGAGGACAAUCGUCUGGCCAAACCCAAGAUCAAAAGUGACAAGAAGAAUCUGGAAAGGGCCCAGAAGAUGGCAAAAGAAGCAAGGCAAAUAAGCAUUCCGGAAAGAAUAAGAAUGUUUGGAUUCUGCAGCCGAUUCGGAGAGAAAGACCAUAAAGAUCUUGACAACCUCACCUGUCAUCCUCGUGCCAAGAAGAUCCAGGAUCCAGUUGGCAGGAAUGCAAGCACUGUGACAUCGACUAAGAGCCAAGACCAGCUUCUCCUUGGGACUCCAGUGGUGAGACCUGAUGGAAAGCUUACGAAGAAAACCUGUGUCAAAAGAGGCAAAAAAAGCACACUGGAAGCUGAAAGCAGUUCCCCUUUAUCAAAGAGGAGUCGAAGAAAGGCAGUGCCCCUCAAAGCUGUAGCUGAGUCCAAAGGAAAGAAGGAGCAGGAAGAUCUGAAAGGUCCUGAGAUGUCAUUUGUUGUGCCAAGGUGUAAGGAUGCUGAAACCAAACAUCCCAGUUCCUGCACUGACAGCAGCAAGGCUAAUUUAUUGCCAUCUGGUCAUCCCAGUGAGAAGGGUAGUUUGAACAAGGCCGAAACCUCUCAGGCGGCAGAAAAUAAUCUGGCAUUGAAUAAGGUCCGUGUGAGCCAUGAGGAGCUGGAGGAGUUGAAGGCCUUUGGAGACAAGGAAGAGGGACAUUUUGGUAGCCAGGAAAUGACUGUCUUUGCUGAGGAGAAAAAUUACUCUCCUGAAGACUUCUCCUUGGCCUUGUUCGAAGAGUAACAGUUUGAAGGGAGAUGGCCUUUUGAAAGGAUGGAUUAUUUCUCCCUUGCAGUCACUGAGAAGGGCAAGCCAAAGUGGACAAUCGGCCUAUUGGAGAAGAUGCCAAUGCAGAUUUACUUGCGCUUACUUGAGUUUACCUGUCUUGUUCUAAAUGUAGCGGCAGAACGUGUCUCUCCCCUUUAUUUAUUAAACAGGGAAUUUGCAAACACAGCCAUAAACAUGACAGGGAUUCUUGCUUCAGCCUUGAUGCAAAAGAAAAUCCAGACAAAACAGCAUCGCAAUAGGGGCGUUUUUCUGGAAGUGGUUUUGCAGUAAUCUAACAGUUCGUGUUGGCAAAUGUUCACAUUCAAAAUGUAUGCUUGGUGAAAGGAAAUUGUUUAGUUAUAGUUUGGUUCAACUUUUAUUAAAGUCUACUUCUGGACUUCA